AUGCGCGUGCGCAUCUUCGCCUGGCUGGCGCUGGCCUCCACGCUCUUCGCCCCUGGCGCUUCUGCCGCGCCUCCCCCCUAUCCACACCGACUUCCGCCCGAGCUCGAUGGACCGUUGGAGAUCCCUCAGGAGGCCUUCGAUUACGCCUUGGCCGUCCUCCACGAAGACAGCUCGCACCAUGGUGUGAACGCGCCGGCGGGACACGCUCCGAUUCAGGGAUACUACCCGCAGCAGCACGAAGCCCAUCCGGGCAACUGGCAGCCGGGCGCCGUGCAUCAGCCCUAUCAUGAGCAGCCGGAACCGUUCCCGACCCACUACCUCCCUCAACAGUCCGAAGCGCAUCAAGGCUACCACCACCUGUACCAGCAACCGGGAGCCUCUCUGGACCACCGCCAGCAGCCCGAGAACCAAGACCGUCUGGAAAUGUACAGCUACCAGCCGCCCAACUACGACGACGGAGACAGCUCGAGCCUGGCUUCGGACGCUUCUUCUCGUCCGGUACAUCCGGAAGAGAACGUCCCCGCCCAACCCGUCCGUGGCAGCAGCUCGUCGCUAGCGCCCUCGUCCGCCAUCGGUCAGGCACUGCAGCCGAACGGCAUGUUUCCCGGAUACGGUCGAGCAGCCGACCUUUUCCUGUACACCCACCCGACCUGCUUCCUGAGGCAAGUCCGGAAGAACACCAGAGCGACCCCGGAUGAGCGCGAAUUGGUCCUCUACAAGCUCCGCCGGGACCUAGCGUACUACGACAAGAUUCCUCGACCCGAACUCGCCCAGGUCCGCUGGAUCGAUACCGACCAGCAAGCCCUCCUCGCCCAAGUGGGAGAUCUGGACGGCGCAGCCUUUCGCAGAUCGUUGAGAACCGACGUCUACAAGAACCCAGUCACCUACGACCGCGGCCUCUUCACCCGCUACGUCAUCAACGGCUACUUCAUCGUCUUCCGCAAGCCGCAAUCGACCGCGGACGUCCACUAUGUCGCAGCGUUCCCCAUCGAGUCGGAUCCAGACGUCGUCACUGGCAUGAUCGAGAUCGGCCUGUUCAAGAUUCCUGUCUGGCAGAAUCGAGCCCUUAUGAGGAACAUGGCUCACCCUCAGGCGGAGUGA